AUGCCCAAAGACAAAGAACGCAGCUUGAACCCGGCAGCGGCGCAACGCAAACUCGACAAACAAAAAAGCCUCAAAAAAGGCAAAGCGGAAGCGCAAGCCCGACGAAACGAGAAACUAGCACGUCGCAACCCGGAGCGCAUCCAACGACAAAUCAACGACCUCAAGGCAUUCGAAGAAUCAGGACAAAAGCUACGACCCCGCGAUCAGGAGCUUCUGGAAGCCCUGGAACGUGAUCUGCGCGCCGUACAGAAGGCCAGAGAAGCGUUGGGCGAUAAGGCACCCAAGUUCGAUAGCUUUGAAUCUAGACGAGGCGGUCAGCACCGUGGGCGCGGGGAUGCUGCAGUCUUGGGCAAACGCAGGCGAGAUGGCGGCGACGGCAACCGGUUUAGGCACGAUGGUGAUGGGAGUAGUAGUAGCGACGAGACAGAUGAGGAGGUGAGAAGGAUACCCAUGCCGAGGGAUACGCCUCCGCCUAUCCCGCGACAGUAUCGGAAGGGAGGGCCAGGAGAGGCUGCAGGUGGUGGUCGGGGCCCGCACGCUCUUCCGGCGAAACCGCCCGUCGUUGAGGCGAAGACUGUGUACGAGGCCAAGCCGGAGAUCAGGAAUCUCCGACAAGAGGCGAUCAAUAAGUUCGUUCCUGCAGCCGUCAGGGUUAAACAGGAAGCUAUUCGGGGACAAGGCAAGCUCUUGGAACCGGAGGAGAUGGAUCGGCUGGAGCAAGCAGGGUAUAAUGCUGGGCCUGCAGAAGGCGAGGAGAAAGUUUCAUCAGCUGCACCAGCUGAUGAUGAGGACGCUCAACGGCGACUCUUGGAAGAGGAGGAGAGGCGGUUUAAUCAGGAGCUUCGGUCCGUGCAGAUCGAAGAGGUGGAGGAUGAGGAUGCAUAA